AUGAUUGAAAGAGUGAUCCGCUUAAGAUGUGUUAAUGUAACUACGUCUCUUUCACAGAAUGUCCUACAAACUGUUGAUGUCCUUAUUGGAAAUGAUGCAAAACCAUCCUGGUCUUUUCUUAAUUCCAACAUGAGUCAGAAUGCCAGUUCACAACUGCUGGGUUCACUAGAAUCCCUUUCAAAUAGACUAAAUGACUCAUUUGAAAUCAGCACCCCACUUAUCACGAUGGUUAGAACCAAAUUUAGUUCAAGUUUUGCAAAAGAUCUAAACUCUACUGUUUCCAUUGAAAUUCCUUUCAACAACAGCCUCAGUGCAAACAUCACCACCAUUCUUCUGUCCACUUUUAAUAAUGUUAUACCCCCACGAAACUCAUCAUCCAACAGCAGCCUCCUCAAUAACACCAGCAAUCCUGCGGAUGGGUCUCCUGGUACCAACUCGGUUUUCCUUGUUAAAAUAGAUCAAAGUAUUAGAAAUGUCACCCUUAAGUUCAAAAAGAUCAACGAAACCUUGCCUCUGAACAGAUCAUUCCAGUGUGUCUUCUGGAAUUUUAAACUAAUAAAUAACACUGGAGCCUGGGAUGAUAAAGGUUGCAAGUUUGUUUCUAGAAUUAACGAUACAGUAACCUGCAACUGUACCCACCUUACAUCCUUCUCGAUUCUCAUGGCAACAAGCAUCCCUGAAGAUAUAAGAGACAUCCUGGACAUAAUCACCUACAUUGGAGUCGGAAUAUCUCUGGCAAGCCUCGUCAUUUGUCUCAUCAUUGAGGGAUAUGUAUGGAAAGCUGUCACCAAAAACAGCACUGCCUUGAUGCGUCACAUCUCUAUUGUUAACACAGCCCUGUCUCUGUUGAUCGCAGACAUUUGUUUCAUCAUUGCAGCCUCUUACUCACAGAAGGCCCUUGAUAACAAAGAUGGAGACUUUAAAGUUCUGAUUGGACAGUGCAGUGCAGUGACAUUUUUUAUGCACUUCUUUUACCUUGCUCUGUUCUUCUGGAUGCUCGUAUCAGGCCUUCUGCUCCUCUACAGGACAGUGAUGGUUUUCUCCCACAUGUCAAAGUCCAUCAUGAUAGCUAUUGGCUUUGUUAUAGGCUAUGGUUGCCCUCUGAUUAUUGCUGUUACCACUGUUGCUGCUACAGCACCAAGUCAAACAUACAUCAGGAAAAAUUACAUUUGCUGGCUUAACUGGACUGAGUCUAAAGCCCUUCUGUCAUUGGUCAUUCCAGCCUUGGUUAUAGUUGUGAUCAACAUUAUAGUUGUAAUUUUAGUUUUAUGCAAAAUGAUGAGUAGAAAUUCAGCAAACACCAUCCAGCCGGAUGAGAAGAACAGCUUUGUAGUUAUUCUAAGAUGUCUGGCCAUCCUGACACCUUUAUUUGGACUGACUUGGGCCCUGGGGAUUGGAACAAUGGUUUCACCAAGAGGAAAAGGAAUCCACAUAGCCUUUGCAUUCUUUAACUCACUGCAGGGUCUUUUCAUUCUAAUUUUUGGGACAUUGUUUGAUUCAAAGAUUCGUUUGCUGUUACAAAAAGCCUCUAUUAACGGAUCUAACACAACAAGAAGUAUAAGUGGAGGAGCUUCUUCUUCAACUGGAAUUAGUUUUCCAGGAAUUUUUCGUCGAAACAGAAGCAAGUAAUUUUAUGGCAACAUU